CGCCGCCGCGCCAGCCCCUCCGAGGGGCGCAGGUGGGUGGUGGUCGUCGCGGGGGUGCGACCCCCCCCACCCCGCCCCACAAACCCCACCCUGGGAGGGGGUCUCCAGGCGGGGGAGAGCGCGGACACGGAAGAUGCACGUGCUUAAAAGAAACAUUCUAGAAGAAGCGUGAAGCGUGGUGGGCAGAGUUCCCGAAACUCUUUUCCUGGAUCACAUCUUUAUUUCUAUCCGAAGGCGAGACGACAAAGGCAGUAUUGAUGUUUUGCCUGGCACCCGUUGGAACCGGGCCCAUCAUGAACGUCACGAAGGGGGGUCUGGUCCUGUUCUCGGCCAACUCCAACCCUUCCUGCAUGGAGCUCUCAAAGAGGAUUGCUGAGCGCCUGGGUGUGGAAAUGGGCAAGGUGCAGGUGUACCAGGAGGCAAACAGAGAAACGAGGGUGCAGAUUCAGGAGUCCGUGAGAGGCAAAGAUGUUUUCAUUAUCCAGACCGUUUCCAAGGACGUGAACACCACCAUCAUGGAGCUGCUGAUCAUGGUCUACGCCUGCAAGACCUCCUGCGCCAAGAGCAUCAUCGGCGUGGUGCCCUACUUCCCCUACAGCAAGCAGUGCAAGAUGCGGAAACGGGGCUCCAUCGUCUCGAAGCUCCUGGCCUCCAUGAUGUGCAAGGCAGGGCUGACUCACCUGAUCACCAUGGAUUUGCACCAGAAGGAGAUCCAGGGGUUCUUCAACGUGCCGGUGGACAAUCUGAGGGCGUCACCGUUCUUGCUGCAGUACAUCCAGGAAGAGAUUCCGGACUACAGGAACGCUGUGAUUGUGGCCAAGUCUCCUGCAUCUGCGAAGAGGGCGCAGUCAUUUGCUGAGCGUUUGAGGCUGGGCAUCGCCGUGAUCCACGGAGAGGCUCAAGAUGCUGAGUCUGACCUGGUGGACGGGCGCCAUUCGCCCCCAACUGCCAAAAGCGCCGCCGCCAUUCACCCCAGCUUGGAGAUACCCAUGCUGAUUCCGAAAGAGAAGCCGCCCAUCACUGUGGUUGGAGACGUUGGGGGACGAAUAGCCAUCAUUGUGGACGACAUCAUUGAUGACGUGGACAGUUUCCUUGCGGCCGCAGAGACCCUGAAGGAGCGAGGCGCCUAUAAGAUUUUCGUCAUGGCCACCCAUGGCCUCCUCUCCUCCGACGCCCCCCGGUUGAUAGAGGAGUCGGCAAUCGAUGAGGUGGUGGUGACCAAUACCAUUCCUCACGAGAUCCAGAAACUGCAGUGCCCCAAAAUUAAGACGGUGGACAUCAGCCUCAUCCUCUCGGAGGCCAUCCGCAGAAUCCACAACGGAGAAUCCAUGUCGUACCUUUUCAGAAACAUAGGACUAGAUGACUGACAGUUGCUUGGGAGGGCUCGAAGGAAAGAAAGAAAGAAAAAAGAUUUUUUUAAGGGGCCAAACUGGACACGGGACAGAAACCCAGCUGUGAAACUUUUUGUGGCUUAAUCUCUGUAUUUUGGUGGGAGCCCUUUUUUUAUUAGAUGGCUUUUAUUCCAACCCCCCUUCCCCCCCCUUCUUUCCGGUGGUUUAAAUGGAGUAGACAAAAUCCUCAGAGCUAUUUUCCUUGCGAUUUUGUUUUCGAGAAAGAGAAAGGAUUUUAUAAAAAGUUUUAAAAAAACAACAGAAACAACAACCCUCUUUUCAGCUUCUAGAGACGGUCAGGUUAGCUGUGCUAUUUUGCAGGCAAGACCCCCACCCCACCCACCCCCCACCCCCCCCGGCAGAGAUUUUUCUGCUGCAGCUUCAUUGCAAGGAAUCCAAAUUGGGAAAUGGCCCUAUUGAUGGUUUUCCUCUUUUUUGGGGGGUGGGAGGGAUUUGGGGUGAUCUUGGCAGCAGGAAGGACUGCACCUCAAGGGCAUUUAUUUCUAACAUGGAUCCGGAACUGGAAUCGACUCAUGUUCAUAAGACUAUUUUGUCCCAGCAAAUAUGAAGAGUCCUGCACUCCAUUAGAGCCACGUUUCUCAAGCUUGGCCACUUUAAGAUGGGUGGACUUCAACUCCCAGAAUCCAAGCUGGCUAGGGAAUUCUGGGACUUGGAGCCUAUCCAUCUUAAAGUGGCCAUAGAGCUUGGAAGUACUGCCAUAGAGCUUGAGAUAAAGGCAUUCAUGUCAGACCCGGCUAUUUGUCAUGUGAAAAUAGCCGCUUCAUACAAAACACGGUUGCACAUGUGGGAGGGAAAUGAACGGAAGCGGCUGUUUUCAUAGGAGUUGAACCCUGGGAAUCGAAAUCCACCGAUCUUAAAAGUGGCCAAGCUUGGGAAACGCUGCCUUAGAGCUUGGGAUGAAAGCACCCAUGUCAGACUCGGCUACUUGUCAUUGGAAACAGCCGCUUCUGUUCCUUUCCAUCGUUCGUGUGCAUCUUUUAUGCAUCUUUCCAUGAGAUUCGCACAGGAGGCGUUCUCCUGCGUUUUUGGAAGACGAGGUAGCCCAUAAUCUUCCUUCCUGAUCCUCUCAGCUUGCUUUCAAGUGCUUUUGUGUAUUGUUCGACAAACGGUAGCUACGGCGUCGAGUUUGUGUCCGAGACCAGCCAAACAAGAAAACCGCACUGUUGUAUGCAGUUCCGUGACGUUUUUUUUUUUGUAACCAUGCUUUUAUAGGAAGAAAAAAAAACCCAUAAGGAACGUGCACUGGUAUUUAUUUUCUGGCACAAAUAAAAUGACUCUGUUUUUGCAUGA